GAAAACAUGGCGGAGGACUGCAGUGGUGGGGGUGCGGUAAAGCGAAUGCGGAGUGACUACUUCGACGAAGAUAUAGUUUUGGAGAUACUGGCAAGGCUCCCAGUCAAAUCUAUACUGCGGUUCCGGUGUGUGUGCAAAUUUUGGCGCGCUCUAAUUGCCGCUUCGUACUUCGUAAAGAAACACUUGAGCUACGUCGAGAGUGGAAUCGGCAACACCAACAACUCCAGGCUCCUGUAUCUGCAGAAUCCUCCUCAGUCUAUAGACUACGAAGCACUGAAGAAAAAGCUUUGGGAUGCAAGCAGACAUCUCCAGUUUCCGGUCAACUUUCAUCAUCGCAAAUCUGCGCAUGAAAUCAUUAGGGUUUUGGGUGCAUGCAAUGGGCUAGUUUGUUUUGAAUUCCAAAGCUUUGGAAUUUUCAUAUGUAACCCCUGCACCGGAGACUCCAAGGUGCUACCGAAUCCUCCUACUGAGUCUCAUCGUUUAGAUUUUUAUGGGUUUGGGUAUGACUCCAGAAUUGAUGAUUACAAAGUCGUAAGAGGGUUUUCGGAGAAUGCCCUGGUUCAUGUGUUUGCGCUGAAAUCAGGCUCGUGGAGAACGAUUUCGGAUCUCGAUUGUGCCCGGGUUCAUGGUAAAGGGUGCUUGUUCCAUGGAGCUUUACAUUGGCUUGUGCAAGGAUCAAGAAUUGUGUCCUUUUAUAUGGCGGAGGAGAAGUUUAAGGAGAUAGUCCCUAUGCUGGAUCAUGAUCGUUCUUUUGGUGGUGUAUUACUCUAUAAAGAUCGUCUGUGUGCGUAUAAAAUUAAGGGUGGCACCCCUGGUUUUGUAUCGGUAUGGUUGAUGCAGGAAUAUGGGGUCAAGGAAUCCUGGACGAAAGUUAUACACUAUUCAUUAGAGAAGUCAGGAAGAGAGGAGUAUAGACCCCUGUGCAUUUUGCAGAGUGGAGAAAUUUUGAUGCACAGGAUUCUGUAUGAGGAUGUUGAUUUCUAUGAUGAUCCUGAGCCUGAUGAGUUUGAUUAUCCUGCUGGUCCUGAUGAGUUUGAUUAUCCUUAUCCUGAUCCAUUUUAUGAUUCUGAUAUUUAUGGUUAUCCUGAUGAGUUUGAAUAUCCUGAUCCGGAUCCGGAUCCAUUCGAUGAUCCUGAUGUGUUUGGUUAUCCCAGAACGGAUGAGUUUGAUUAUUGUGAUGCGGACGCUGAUCCUGAUCCCUUCCAUGAUCAUGAUGUGUUUGGUUAUCCUGAUGAGUUGGAGGAUCCGUAUGACGAGCUUCAAAGAUUGUAUGAUCAACAAAUGUGGGACAGAGAAAGCUUAUUGGUGAUAGUUGAUCAAACCACAUCAAACCAUGUUUUGGAGGUUGACUUUGGUUUUGGAGCUGCCAUUUACAAGGAGACUUUAGUUUCACCACUAACUGGGGGCACCAUUGCAGACAUAUGAUAUCAGCAUUAUAAAUAUUGACGGUGAAGUAGUGGAAAUCUGAAAUGGUGUUUA